GACAGCUGUCAAAACAAAAACGCGCGAUUUCAUCACAUAAAAGGUUUGUAAACACAGUAAUCCUUCGUUGUUGUUCAAGUUUUCUGUAUAUAUUGUUGAAGAAAUUAUGAAAUUAAACUAAAGUUUUGUGGAAAAACCAACCAAAAAUGGAUGACGAUUUUGAUUUUGAUGAUGCAAUUUUGGUGGAAGUGGCGAGCCAAGUCGAUCGUCAGCUGGACGCGAAGAAGCCAAGUGCAGAGCAUUUGCAAUGUUUGCAAUCAAAUUUUGGUCACGGCCAAUUCAGACCAAGCCAAUGGGAAAUCAUUCGUUCGAUAAUCGAAGAAAAGCGUGAUAAUUGCGUCAUCAUGCCAACUGGGUAUGGAAAAUCGUUAUGUUUUCAAUUUCCGGCCGUUUACACAAAUGGAAUCACAUUGGUUGUGUCACCGUUGAUUUCAUUGAUGCAAGAUCAAGUGAGCGCAUUGAGUGUCGCUAAUAUUCCGGCUUGCUAUCUUGGUUCAGCACAAACCGAUCGAAACAUUGAAAGUCAAGUGACUGCCGGAGAUUUUCGUAUGGUUUACGUCAGUCCAGAGUAUAUCAACGGUGAACGUGGACAGAAACUGUUGCGGAAGUUGGAGCCGAUGCUAACACUGGUUGCAAUUGAUGAAUGUCAUUGUAUCUCCGCAUACGGCCAUUGUUUUCGUCCCGAAUAUCGAAAGUUGGGCUGCAUCCGAAAGCAAAUACCAUCGGUGCCAAUUUUAGCCGUAACCGCAACUGCCACUCAACAUGUUCGUGAUGAUAUCAUUUAUUCACUUCAUUUGAAGAGUCCCCAAAUCAUGUCAAUGGGUUUUGAUCGGCCAAACAUUCACUUUUCAUUUCGAAAUAAAACCAAAAAUAUUUGGGAUGACCUAAAGCCAUUUGUUACAAACGUUCGUGGCAGUGUUAUUGUCUAUGUGUUGACGAAAAAUGGUUCAGAAGAAAUUGCACGGAUCUUACAGCAGAAUGGUGUGAAUUGCGAGAUUUAUCAUGCUGGCAUAUCGAUGAAGAAACGAAGAACCGUACUCGACGACUUCAUCAAAGAUCGUUUAAACGUUAUUGUGGCUACGGUUGCUUUUGGCAUGGGCAUCGAUAAGCCCGAUGUACGUUGUGUCGUUCAUUAUGGAGCAUCCAAGAACUUGGAAUCAUAUUACCAAGAAGUUGGCAGAGCUGGCAGAGAUGGUCAAUUGUCACGUGCAAUUACAUUCCAUGACAAAGCUGACUUUGGAUUACACGAAUGGUUCUUGAGCGAGAAUCGCGAACAUCAAUCGGAAGCGGUGAUUAAACAUUUGCGCGAAAUUGGCCAGAAGAUGCGAAACUUUUGUCAUACAUCGAUGUGUCGAAGAAAAUACCUCUUGGAAUACUUCGGUUCCGAUGCAUCACGCAUACGUCCACGUAAAAAUUGCUGUGAUAAUUGUGACAAUGGUUCCAGUCGCAUCACUUUGAGUGAUCAAUACGAGGGUAUUGACGACGAAGGCAACUAUGAUUUCACAGAAAAUGCGUACCUCUUGUUGAAAGCGAUGAAAGUCACGAACAAGGUCUCUGUAGCGAUAACCGUGCUGAAAGGAUCUUCCGAAAAAAAGGCGUUGGAAUUUAAAAAUUUCAAGGAAAUUUAUGGCGCUGGCAAAAUUUGGCCGAAAGAAUAUUGGAGCCAUUUGGUUGAUCAAUUGAAAGAAAAUCAGUACAUAACAAUAAAAAAGCUACCACUGCCUUAUCGACCUAUUCCAAUCAUCUCUCCAAAAGGACUUGAUUGGUUGAAAACGAGAGAACGUUUGAUUUUAAAAGCCAAACCAGAAAUGUACCCAUACUUCAGGAAGAAGCGGAAGGUUGUUCAAAACAACAACCUGGAACCAAGUACAAGUACAACAAAACCACCGGCCGCUGUUCCAAUGGAAGUCGAAAACCAGUUUGCAGUUGAACAGGAAGACGAUGAUGACUAUCAACUGCAAGCGGAAAUGAGCGAUAAGCAUUUGGAGGAGAUUUUGCUGGGCAUUCGUGCGAUUUUAGCCGAAAACAGCGAUUGUAUGCCGUUUUUGGUGGCCACAAACCUAGCCAUUCAACAGAUGGUCCAGAAGAAGCCAGUCAGCGUCAAGGAGUUGAAAUCGUAUCUUAUCGAUGGUUUCUCUAUAGCAAAAAUAGAGAAAUUUGCAUCGUACUUCAUUAAUGGUAUCAUUAAAUUCAUGAACAACGAAUUCUGUCUGAGCACACUUCUGAAAACAUACCCAUUGAAGAAGAAGCAAUCUCAAUUGUCGCCACAAGAAACACGUCGAAUCAUCAAACUGAUCAGGGAUAAUCAAUCGGUCACAAAUAUAUGCCAACAACUGAAUCGCUCUGAAUCGGAAAUCAUCGACGAAAUUGUGAUUUUGAUUCGAACUGGCUUUCUCAUCACAACAACGCAUCUGGCCCAUUUGGUCGGAGCGAACGAUGAAAUCUUAAAGUACCUCAAAUCGAAUGUGACUGAUGAAGAUAUUACGAAUUUGAAUAAUAUCAGCGUGGUGAAAGCGAAAUUUGCCGAAAAGAGUCGCAUCACCGAACAGAUGUUGAUUUUAGUGUUGAACUACUUGAAAGUUCGUCAAUUUCUGCGUUCAAUCAACGUUCCGUAUUUCGAUAUUGAUGAGAAUCGACUUGUCAAUGGUGGUGCACUUUUGGAAGCGAAAACGAUUGAGAAAGUCAAUUCAAACCCCGAUCAAAGCCAACCGAAACGAGAAGAAGAUAAGAGCAAUCAGAAACCGAUUUCAUCGAGUCAAAAUAAUAAAUCGUUUGCCGAUUUGCUAGGAGAGGAUGAAGACGAUUUUGCAGCUGCCAUAGCAAGUUUUGAUAGUAAGACUGAAUUGACAUCGAAACCAUUACAAUCAUCACAAAAGACAAAUCAAAAUACCGAACCCAAGACAGUCGAAGUUAAGUCCAAGACUGUUGAAGUUAAGCAAACAGUAAAAUUGCCCGUGGCUCAAAGCAAAACAACGACAGCAUCAGCAGCCAGGAAGCGUCCAGCUGUACGGUCAAAGUACCAAAUUCAAUACUACAGCGACUCCGAUUCAGAUUCCGGCGACAAUAAAGAUGAGCCGCAAAAUAAACGGCCACUACCACAAUGGCUUACCACAAAGAAAAGCACAGCCACAACCGCAAGCGGCCAGUCGAAUCCAAUUCGAAAAAACUCGUUCUUUUAGGGAAUCGUCCAAAUUAAGAAAUAAUUUAAUUUUUAAGCUGAUUAAAUCUGUUUUUUUUUCUUAUGUGAAAUUUGCGAGAAAAAAAACUGAAACUAAAUUAUUUUUUUUCAUGGCAGAGAAUAAAAAGUUUGAUAAUUGAAAAGAACAAAGCCAUUGAAUAUUUAAAACCGAACACUUUUUUCAACUUCUGAAUAGCUUAUGUGAAAAAAUGGUAAAAUUAAAAGAAUUACACCUCUA